AACCUGCUUCGUUCGCAAAGCAAAGACAGACAGCAGCUCCCGAAGACACUCCUAAAGAUGGCUUUCAAUAUUGGUAACAUCCUCCUCAUUGCCGCCGUUGUGGGCGCCGUUGCCGGGGAAACCAUUCAGCUGCAGCCGACGCAGGGCAUCCUCAUCCCGGCACCGUUGGCGGAGAAUAUCCGUGUGUCGAGGGCCGCCUAUGGUGGUGGCUAUGGCGCCCCGGCGGCUGCUCCGUCGUACUCCGCACCCGCUGCUCCGUCGUACUCCGCACCCGCUGCUCCAUCGUACUCCGCACCCGCUGCUCCAUCGUACGCCGCACCCGCUGCUCCAUCGUACUCCGCACCCGCUGCUCCAUCGUACGCCGCACCCGCUGCUCCAUCGUACUCCGCACCCGCUGCACCCGCCGCCCCGUCGUAUGCUGCCCCCGCAGGCAUCCCAUCGCCGCCAUGCCCCAAGAACUAUCUGUUCAGCUGCCAGCCCUCCCUGCAGCCCGUCCCCUGCUCGGCCCCAGCUCCAUCGUAUGGCUCCGCUGGCGCCUACUCGCAGUAUGUGCCACAAUAUGCGGUGCCUUACGUCAGGGAAUUCUUGUAAGGACUCCCCCACGAAAAAUAACAUCCUGAACCCAUCUCUGAAUAAAGUGAAACGUUUAUAAGAAC